AUGGAAUCUCGUGGUUUUUAUCAAAAUAUGCAUGAUUCUUACCGUCAACAAGAAGAUAUUGAUCAAACAGAACUUUAUGAAUAUGAUAACCAAAGAACUUCAACAGCUGCACGUAUUCGUAAGUUAUUUGGUUCGACAUUGUUACAAAAGCCGCCGCAAAUAUUACGACGUGCACCUAACUUAAUUGAUUCAUUACCAUCGAAUGUUGAUCGAACAUUAUUAUAUGCAAAACUUUUUUAUUUUUGGUAUUUUGCUGCAUUUGGAUCACUUUUUCCACUACUUUCAAUCUAUUUUAAACAAAUGGGUAUGGGUCCAUCAUAUUGUGGUAUUCUCAUGGGCUUUCGGCCAUUUGUUGAAUUCGUUUCGGCACCAUUUUGGAGUGUUGUUUCAACACGUUUUCGACAAGCUAAGAAUAUUUUAUUAAUGGCACUUUUAUCUUGGAUUGUUUUUACUGUUGCUAUUGGUCUUAUUAAUCCACCCCCACAUUCAUGUUGGCGUGAAAUGAAUUCUACGCAUCAAUCAAUUGAACGUGUAGGUUAUAAAGCUACAACAAUAAAUCCAAAUGUAAAAACUUAUAUGAGACGAUCCGUAAUGCCAAUGUCAACAACAAUAUCAUUAAAAACUUUAAAACACACAACAGAAAUAAUUGAACAAAGAAAAAAUGUAACUUUAAAUAAAACAAAUACAUUAAAAAAAAAUCUUUUAAAUUCAACUAUGAAUCGAACUGUUAGUACAAUUAUUUCGACAUCAAAACAAUUAAAAACAACAACAAUUAAAACGAAUCAAUUAACUAAAAUAACUACUACUACUAAUAAUAAUGAUGAUUAUGAAGAUGAAGAUGAUGAUAUUGAAAAUGCUGAAGAAGAUGAUUCAAUAGAUGAAAAUCGUCAAACAACAACUGUAUCAAAUAAAAAACAAUCUAAUACAAAUAAUUUCUUACAUAUAAAUACACCUAAAAAAACAAUUGGUAAUCCAAUAUCAAUAACAGUUACAAAUCUUUCUCUUGUUAAACCACUUGGAUCACCUGUUUUAUAUGAACAAAAAGAUGUACGCAAUGUUUUUAUGGUUUUCUUGUUACUUAUUAUAAUCGGAGAAUUCUUUAGUGCACCAGCCAUCACAUUAGCCGAUGCAUACACUUUGGCAUACUUAAGUCAAGAUACAGAACUUUAUGGUCGACAACGAAUGUUUGGAAGUUUAGGUUGGGGUUUGGCAAUAUUUAUUGUUGCUAUGAUACUUGAUCAAUCUAAAUCUCUUACGUUUUAUGCCUGUGGAACUAGUGGACCAUUAGAAAAGAAUUACACUGUUUGUUUUGCUGCUUUUACUAUUUGUAUGAUAUUUGCAUUCAUAACAGCAACACGUUUUCAAUAUUCAUACCAUACAAAUGAACAAGUACCAUUAAGUGUAUUAAAUCAAGAUUUAAAACGAACUGUAUAUCCAACAACAAAAUUAAGUACAGAUGAACAUAAUAUACAUAGUAUUAUUAAUGACGAAGAACAAGUACAAAUUAAUGUAAAAGAACAACAAUAUAAGUUAUCAAAUACAAUGAAAUUAAUGCAAAUUAUACAAGUAUUUAUGGGAUUAAAAAAUGGAACAUUCCUUUUUAUUGCAUGGUGGAUGGGCUGUGGUGUUGGUCUUGUAUUUACAUUUCUAUUUUGGCAUUUACAAGAUCUUGGUGGAUCACCAACACUUUUUGGUGUGGCUUCAGUUAUAAAUCAUACAAGUGAAUUAUUUGCUUAUUUUUUCUUACAUGAACUUAUUUAUCGUUUUGGCCAUAUAAAAAUUCUUUAUUUGGGUUUAUUAGGCAAUUUUAUUCGUUUUGUUUAUAUAUCAAUUAUAACAAAUCCAUGGUGGGUGCUACCAUUUGAAUUUAUUCAAGGAUUAACUCAUGCUGCUGUUUGGGCAACAGCUUGUUCAUAUUUAUCUCAAGCAGUACCAGAAAAUUUACGUUUAUCAUGUCAAGGUGUUUUACAAGGUUUUCAUUUUGGUUUCGGACGAGGAUGUGGAUCUCUAUUUGGUGGAUUUUUUGCUUCAUAUUUUGGUACUGAUAUAACAUUUCGUGCAUAUGGUAUUAUAUGUUUAAUAUUUAUGUGUUUAUUUAUGUAUAUUAAUAAACGUCAUCAUCAACAAAUUGUUAGUGGUUAUGGACAAAAUAUAAAUGUUGAUGAUCCUCAUCAAUUUAUGGGUAAUUCACCUCUUCUUGCUCCAUAUGGUGCACCAGCAAAUCCAAAAUGGCAAACUAAAUUCUCUUCAGGUUUAACAGCUGGUAUUAAACAAGAUCAAUUACAUUCAACUCCAAUACCACCAUUUGAUACACAAACAACGACAGGAACCGUUUCUAGAGAUUAUCAUUAUGGUUAUUAA